GCUCGCCGACAUCCAGACACUACCUUUCAUCUCAGGAACACUGGUUCCUUUCCAGAGGUUGAUCAGGCUGGUCUCUUGCAGCUGAGGGACCAUAUUCCAUAAGGAGAUCUGAUCUUUUUUUCCUUUUAUUAACUCAGCUGAAAUUUUAGUGUUUUAAAUUUUCCGGGGUCCUGCGGUUCUGUGAGGCUUCUUCGUCCGUUGCAGAGGAUCAUGGCGGACCCCGGGGAGUGCAGCAUCAAGGUGAUGUGCCGCUUUAGGCCGCUGAACAGCUCUGAGGUGGCCCGCGGAGACAAAUACAUCCCCAAAUUUAUAGGGGACGACUGUGUGCAGAUUGCGGGGAAACCAUACUACUUUGACCGAGUGUUCCAGUCCAACACGACGCAGCUGCAGUUCUACAAUGCCGUGGCUCUGAAGAUCGUCAAAGAUGUUCUGGAGGGAUACAAUGGAACCAUAUUCGCUUACGGACAGACGUCUUCUGGCAAAACGCACACAAUGGAGGGGAAACUUCAUGACCCAGAUAUGAUGGGAAUCAUUCCCAGGAUCGUCCAGGACAUCUUCAACUACAUUUACUCCAUGGAUGAGAACUCGGAGUUCCACAUCAAAGUUUCGUAUUUCGAAAUCUAUUUGGACAAAAUCAGAGACUUGUUGGACGUAACAAAGACGAACCUGUCUGUGCAUGAAGACAAGAACAGGGUACCCUUUGUCAAGGGAUGUACCGAGAGAUUUGUGUGCAGCCCUGAGGAAGUAAUGGAUGCCAUAGACGAAGGCAAAAACAACAGACACGUGGCGGUCACAAACAUGAAUGAGCACAGCUCCCGGAGUCACAGCAUCUUCCUCAUCAACAUCAAGCAGGAAAACACUCAGACGGAGCAGAAACUGACUGGAAAGCUGUACCUGGUUGAUCUGGCCGGGAGUGAAAAGGUUGGAAAAACCGGAGCAGAGGGCACAGUUCUAGACGAAGCAAAGAUGAUCAACAAGUCUCUGUCAUCGUUGGGAAACGUCAUCUCUGCCCUGGCCGAGGGCUCGAGCUAUGUGCCGUACAGAGACAGCAAGAUGACCCGGAUCCUGCAGGACUCCCUGGGAGGAAACUGUCGGACGACCAUGAUCAUCUGCUGCUCACCUUCUUCUUUUAACGACGCGGAGACCAGGACGACUCUGCUCUUUGGACAGAGGGCAAAGACGAUCAAAAACACUGUAAGUCUGAACGUGGAGCUGACUGCAGAGCAGUGGAAGAAGAAGUGGGAGAGGGAGAAGGAAAGGAACAAGACUCUGAGGACGACCAUCACCUGGCUGGAGAACGAGCUGAACCGCUGGAGGAACGGGGAGAGCGUCCCAGUGGAGGAGCAGUUUGAUAAGGAGAAGGCGAAGGCUGAGGUGGGGGCCCUGGAUGCUGCACUCAACAACGAUAAGGCUGCACCCCAACCCUCCCUGAGCAGCCAGCCUGGACCGGCUCUCACAGGGGCAGAGAAAGAGAAGUAUGAAGCAGAGGUGGCCAAACUCUACAAGGAACUGGACGACAAGGAUGAUGAGAUCAACCAGCAAUCCCAGGAGGUGGAGAAACUGAAGCAGCAGCUGCUGGACCAGGAGGAGCUGUUGGAGUCGUCCCGCAACGACCACGACACCCUGCAGACGGAGCUGAACAGGCUGCUGUCCGAGAACGAGGCCUCCAAGGACGAGGUGAAGGAGGUGCUGCAGGCGCUGGAGGAGCUGGCCCUCAACUACGACCAGAAGAGUCAGGAGGUGGAGAUUAAAACGAGGGAGUUUGAGGCGCUCAGCGAGGAGCUGAACCAGAAGUCUAGCAGCUUGGCCUCCAUUGACUCUGAGCUGCAGAAGCUGAAGGAGAUGAGCAACCACCAGAAGAAGAGGGUCACUGAGAUGAUGUCAUCGUUACUAAAGGACCUGGCUGAGAUCGGCAUUGCUGUGGGAAGCAAUGACAUGAAGCAACAGGAGAGCAGCGGCCUGAUUGAUGAGGAGUUCACUGUGGCCCGGCUCUACAUCAGCAAGAUGAAGGCGGAGGUGAAGUCCAUGGUGAAGCGCAACAAACAGCUGGAGAGCAGCCAGACCGAGAGCAGCCAGAAGCUGGAAGCGACGGAGCGAGAUCUGACAGCCUGCCAGCUCCGCAUCUCCCAGCAUGAGGCUAAGAUCAAGUCCCUGACAGACAGCCUCCAGAACGUGGAACACAAGAAAAGACAGCUGGAAGAGAAUGUGGACCUUCUGAAUGAAGAGAUAGUCAGGAUCACAGCAGAGGAGAGAGUUAAUUCCAUGGAAAAGGAUAAUGAGAUCCAGUCUGCUAAUGAAGUCAAGGAGGCUGUGGAGAAGCAGAUCCAGUCCCACAGAGAGGCCCAUCAGAAGCAGAUCAGCAGCUUGAGAGAUGAGCUGGACCAAAAGGAGAAGCUGAUCACGGAGCUGCAGGAUUCUAACCAGGAGAUCGUACUGGAGCAGGAGAGGCUGAAAGUGGAGCAUGAGAAGCUCAAAGCGACCGAACAGGAGAAGAGCCGCCAGCUACAGGAGCUCACGUUGCUGCAGGACAAACGGGAACAGGCCAGGCAGGACCUGAAAGGACUGGAGGAGACUGUGGCUCGGGAGCUGCAGACGCUUCACAGUUUGCGGAGACUUUUUGUGCAAGAUUUAUCCAGAAGAGUAAGAAAGAAUGGGCAAGACUUGGAUGAUUCAGAAGCCAGCGUUGCUCAGAAACAAAAGAUCAGCUUCCUGGAGAGCAACCUUGAACAUCUCACAAAGGUUCACAAGCAGCUGCUGAGAGACAACGCCAGCCUUCGCUGUGAGAUCCCCAAAAUGGAGAAGCGCCUGCGUGCCACGGCGACGCGGGUCCAGGCGCUCGAGGCUGCCCUCAAGGAAGCCAAGGAAGGGGCGGCCCGUGAAAAGAAGCGCUACGAGGAAGAGCUGGAGCGCAUCAAGGACACUGUUAAACCCAAAAACAUGGGCAGGAGAGCCUCUGCAGUGAUAGUGAAGCCGAUCAGACCUGGCCAGCUGCCGGGAGCAUCGCCCUUGAUUGGCAUUAGCAGGGCCCUCCUUCUCCAGAACAGCCAGUCUGACACCAUUGGAGAGGACAAUGACAGCAGCUAAAGAUGAAGACAGACACAAAACGUGAAGCCAAGCUGCCUGAACUUACCCCUGGAGAUCAAUAUCCCACCGUCAGAAGUGUACAUAAUGUAAAGAACUGCAUAGCUACUUCUUAAGGCUUUCAUCAGUAAGCUAAUAGUGCAAGCAACACUGUAAAAACUGCUAAUUGUUCUUUCCACUGGCACAUUAACCAGCAGCUUGUUAAAGACAAAGAGCCAAGAGGCCUGGAAAACCAACCUUGGUGGAAGACCAAACCAAAGAAAACAGCUGAAACAAGAGCCUCGAAGAACCAAUAGUCAUUUUUAUUGUUUGCUUUGAAAAAGAAUCUAGCACAUUUAUCAAGUUUUUCCACUAUGUCUCGUCCCUUUGACUACUUUAGGUCUCCAGCACCUUUUCUGCAUUAGAAUAAGACUGUUUUUGACGAUGGAUCAAUAAAGUCCAGCCACAAGUGCCACCAAAUCAUGAAGCACAAGAGUACCAAAAUAAAACGUUUGUCUAGUUUGAAGAAAAUGGCCAAAUCUGGAGUCUGUUUGGUGACAGAUUAAGAGUUUCUCAUCGCCCAAGAACGUGUACAACAUCGGUGUUGUUUCAACUUGUUGCCAGAGGGGGCAAACUUUGCAGAAACUCUGGAACUUUCAAUACAUUCUUUAAAGGAAAAAUCAAACUUCUGAAAUUACUUUUAUUAUGGAAUUAUUACAAGAAUGUUAAAAAUGUUCAAUAAAUGAUUAGUGUUUUUAAG